UCAUCUAGAGCAAGUUUAUAGCCUGACACGGAAAUAAGCAAAAAGUCCCUCCAUCAAGCAAGAAAUACGUGUCCAGUGUUUUAUACCUGAGAGCACAGUCAAGGGCCAUUAAUAUACAAUGGCUCAAUACAAGAUUCCCGACCCAGAAGAAAUGAUUCCCUGCCCCUAUGACAAAGUUCACAUGAUCAGGGCCAAAAGGAUGCAGUACCAUCUAAUGAAGUGCAGAAAGAACUAUGCUGGAAGUGAUUUUGCCACUUGCCCUUUCAAUGCCAGACAUGAAAUGCCAAAACCAGAGCUGCGCUAUCACUUAGCUAAUUGUCCUGACAAGGCCGUGAUUGAACCAAUGCUAGCUUAUGAGAGCAGUAAGAGGAAUGGAGAAGAUGCGUCCAUGUUUAGAGGAUGUACAGAUCUACCUGUGUAUGAUAAUGUUGUAAUUAACAGUGAGGAAAACUGGGAUGAUGAGAUUCCCUCUGUGGCCAGGAUUGGGGUGGACCCCCAAUUCUUCGCACGUCAGGACCAUAUGAUAAUCCCAGGACUGACAAAAUCAGAGAAGAAAGAAUUCGCUAAACAGAUGCAUAUUCCAGCAGAAGACAGAAAGUACUUGGCCCAGUACAAAGAGCCAGAACAACCCAUUAAGGAUGAACAGCCCAAGCUUCGUCUCCCAAAGACUGCAGCUCAGACUUAUCUCCCUCACCAAAAGAAGUUAGAUCAGCCUCCAUCGGCAGUGUUUGCAUAUUCAUUAUCAAUGGCCGGAGUAGGUCGAGGGCUUCCAGUCAACAGUCAGAAUGGACCGGUGACUGGCUCUCUAAAUGGGCCACCUGGAAUGAGUAGAGGAAGGGGCCAUGGGUCCAGCCCAGCUGUGGGAAGGGGAAUCUCUGUGUCUGAAAUGAAUGGAGAUAUACCUCGUUCUCUUGGAAGGGGAAUGACCAAUGGUGACGUUCCAUUAUCCCAGCAGGAAACCGUAGAAGUUAGACCACCUGAGUUACAGAACAACAGUCCAGUGUUUAGUGUGGGCAUUGGCAGGGGAUGCAAAGUACCUAAUGGGACAAUUUCACCACCUUCCUUUGUGGUUCCUACAGUGCCCCAACAAAAAAAUAAUGCGCAGGAAAAAGAUUCAGACUUGGAAUCUGAAGGCUCUCAGUUGGUGGAAGAUUUGGACAAAAAGCUGAAAAAAAUCGAGAAGAAAUUGAGGCAAAUUGAGCUUCUAGAGGAGAAACUGGAAGAAGGGUACAAUUUGACCAAGGAGGAGACUGCAAAGGUAAAUAUGAAGGAGAGUCUAACAGUGGAGAGAGAUAACCUACAGGAGAAUGCCAGAUUAAACAAGUAAAUGGAUAAAUGAUCAACAGGAAGGAAAGGAUUGUACUGUAUAUAGAUAGCAAUCACUCAGAUGUUUUGCAGGAACUUUGCAUCUUUUAUUUUAUACCCUUUUAUAUGAGUUGUUUUAAAGGGGAGUUUUAUUUCAAUACUCGAAGCAUUUGCUCUGCAUGUUAGAUGGUAAUGUAAUAUCAGUAUAUUAAUGUCUGAGGUUUGUCUGAAGCUGUUUAGAUAUUAUUAUAUAAACAUGUAAUGUAGGAGCAGAUAUGAUUUCUUUUGUCAUUCAGUCAUUUGUUUAUUUGCAGAAUUUAUCUAGCUUGUCAUUACUUGUGCUAUGUCCAUUUAGCACCAUACUUCACACGAUAGUCUUGUUUGUGUAGAAAUGGAUUAUGACCUUUGCCAUAUAUGGAAUUUCAGAUGUUAGGUGAUUUUCACAGUUGUGCAAAAAUUUUGUCAAGCCCAUAUUUUUGAGGCCACAAAACAGAGUACUUUACUUUCACUCACUACUUUGAAAAUGCUUUGAUCCAAAGUCAAAUCUAAAAGUAGCUAAAUUUUUUGUUGGACAAAUCUUUGAAGAUACACAAUGAGAUUUGACAGUGUACUUACAUGCAACUCUAUUGUUGCAGUGUCAUCAAAAAUAUAGACAUUUAAACUGUAUUGCAUUUGAUGCCGAUACAAAUUAGAUCUGUGUACUAAAUUUCAGUAUCGCAAUGUCAAAAUAUGUAGACAAUACAGUUGUAUUUUGUCAGAUUGAUGCCCAUUAUAAACAUGACAUACUGGUGAUGGUAAUAAAAUUGUUUUGGAAGUAAACAUUUUACACUUAACCAGGAUGGUUUUAUAUACUACAAUGUAUUUUACAGUGCUCAUGUAUAUUUUAUCACUCCAGUUUUGUUUAACAUAAAGGAAUUUAGAUGUUA